AUGGUUUCCAUGGAAAUGCCUUUGAAUCUAAACAAAGCGCAGCGCAUAUUAUGGUGUGGAUUUUUUUUUCACAGCGCAAGGAAAAUGUACGCGAAUAACGUGAUAAUUCGUGAUGGUGAAUACACAAGAGUGAUUUACACCUUCAUCAAGGAAGAGAGAUUCCACGAAGCCAUCAAUGCGCUCAAUAACAUCGAAGAGGUGUCGAGUUCGCGCGCAGGACUCUCCCUGCUGGGACACUGCUACUUCCAGUGCCAGGACUUCAUCGAGGCCAGCAAUUGCUAUGAACACUUGACGGCCAUUGCGCCAGAAGUGCCUGAGUACCGGCUGUACUUCGCGCAGAGCCUCUACCAGGCCGGCCUGUUCGACGAGGCGCUGAAGGUGAGCCAGCUCGUGGACGCGCCCCACUUGGCGGACAAGGUGCGGCAGCUGCAGAGCGCCAUUCGGUACGGCAAUGAGGACUACGCUGGGGCGCAGACACUGCUCCUGCAGCGGCCGCCAGGCACCGAAGCCACCCUGAACGAUGAGGGAUGCUUGCUGUAUCAGGCCAAUCUGUUCGAAGACGCUCUGCAGCGCUUCACGAACUCCCUGCAAACGGGCGGGUUCAGCCCUCUGGUGGCCUACAAUGCUGCGCUAUGCCACUUCAAACGCAAGGAGAACUCCCAGGCUCUGAACUACAUCGGAGAGAUCGUGGAAAGAGGUAUCAGGAAUCACCCAGAGCUGGGUAUUGGCGCCCAGGCGGAGACAGAAGGUGGAGCUCGAAGUGUUGGAAAUCCACCAUCUUUAGCAAUAUCUGGACUGGCUCAGGCGCUAAAUCUCAAGGCUGCCAUUGAGUAUCAAGAGGGAAACCUCGAAGGCGCCAGAGAAGCUCUCCUGGAUCUUCCGCCACGAGCUGAGCCCGAACUUGAUCCCGUUACGCUUCACAACAUGGCCUUGACCGAUCCUUCAGGAGCCGGAGCUGGCCUGAGACGCCUGGCCUUCCUCAUGGAACUUGGCCCACCGACUUGCCCUCCAGAGACAUUCGCCAACAUUCUAUUGCUGUGCUGCAAGCACGAAAUGUACGACACUGCGGCGGAUUUGCUGGCCGAACAUGCUCAUCUCACGUACAAGUAUCUCUCACCCUAUCUUUACGACCUCCUGGACGCUCUGAUCACUGCCCAGACAUCCUCAGACGACGCUGAGCAGAAGUUGGGCGCCUUGGCUACUGCUCUGGCGGGAAAACUGCGCUCUCUCGCCGCCAAGGUUCAAGACGCUCGCGGAUCUGGGGAUCAGAGCGUCCUCCGUAGUUCUCUGAGAGAAUACGAGGGCGCUCUGGAUAACUACAUUCCCGUGGCGAUGGCGAGAGCGUGGCUUCCGUGGCGCCUGGAUGACUUUGCCGGUGCCGAGCGUGAGUUCAGAGCCAGCGCUGAAUUCUGCUCUGAGACGCCCAUCUGGCGUCUUCACGCCGCUCACGUGCUCUUCAUGCGCGGCGACAAGUAUAAGGAAGCCGCCGCGUUUUACGAGCCCAUCGUCCGGCAGAACUACGACGAUAUUCUCACGGUUUCGGCGGCCGUUCUGGCGAACUUAUGCGUGGCUUACAUCAUGACGUCACAGAAUGAGGAAGCGGAGGAGCUGAUGAGGAAAGUGGAGCGAGCUGAGGAGAGAAAAGCCCCAGCUGCGCUCGCGGCGGGCAACACGACGCCUUUUCUACAUCUGUGCAUCGUAAAUCUGGUCAUCGGCACGCUCUACUGCGCCAAGGGAAACUACGAGUUCGGCUUGUCCAGAAUCGCUCACGCCCUAGACGGCGGAUCUGGCACACGUCUCUGUGCCGACACAUGGCUUCACGUGAAACGCUGCGUUCUGGGCUUACUCACGUGUCUGGCAAAGCAGACUCUUGUCUUGCCCUCAACGGCUGUCCAGGAAGUGCUGAACUUUCUGCGCACUUGUGAAAUCUAUGGUAUUUCCAUCCCGUCGAUCCUGACAAAUCCCUUCGACGACAACGCAGAUCAGCCACCCACAAUUGGCAUGGAGGCGAGAAAAUUGCGCGUUUUGCUACUGAAACUCAUGGAGUACCACUAAUUAAAGGCCCUGAACAUGCAAUUCACAUUCACUCUCUUAAUAUUUGCCCAUAAUGUCAUUGUCCU